UCCGUGGGAGUGGAAACGCUGGUUUCUAAAUGAAGCCUCUACGGCCGAGAAAAGCGCUCGAUCCGUCGUUUCUUCGUUUGGACACUCUGUUUGUGUUUCAUUAUCUGUGAUUUCUCUUGCGGUGCUACCAUUGCAGCGUAAUACAUACUAAACAAAAAUGAGUGACGCCGAGAAGGAAUUCGUUGAGCGGGAGUCCCGUUCGACCUCUAGGAGCCCAAGUCCUAAAGGAUCUGCUAAGUCAGCCAGUCGCUCACCUGCUCGGUCGAAAGAGGGAUCCCACCACUCCAAGUCCCGCUCGCGCUCCAGGUCCAAGACUCGGUCCCGUUCCCAUCGGAGCUCUCGCCGACAAUACAGUCGCUCCCGUUCACGCUCUCAUUCUCGCCGGAGACGUUCACGCAGCCGCUCACACAGCAGUGAAUAUCGUCGCCGCCGCAGUCAUAGUCAUUCUCCUAUGUCCAACCGUAGACGACACCUUGGAGAUCGGGUAAACCCAGACCCAAACAGCUGCCUGGGAGUGUUUGGCCUGAGCCUGUACACCACAGAGAGAGACCUGAGGGAUGUCUUCUCCAAGUUUGGCCCUCUGAGUGAAGUCAACAUUGUGUAUGACCAGCAGUCUCGACGCUCCAGGGGCUUUGCCUUUGUCUACUUUGAGAACAGAGAAGAUUCAAAAGAGGCUAAGGAGCGUGCAAAUGGUAUGGAACUAGAUGGCCGUAGAAUCAGAGUCGACUACUCGAUUACCAAGAGGCCACACACACCUACUCCAGGAAUAUACAUGGGGAGACCAACAUAUGGCGGAGGCCCGAGUGUAAGCCGUCGCCGUGAUCACUAUGAUCGAAGCUAUGAGCGUGGAUAUGAUCGCUAUGAUGAACGUGACUACUACAACAGCAGGUCAUACAGGAGAAGAUCUCCCUCUCCUUACUACGGCCGAGGACCGUACAGGUCAAGAUCACGCUCUCGCUCCUACUCCCCUCGUCAUUACUGAAGUGAAGUUUGACUCCUUUGGCCAUCCCUGAAGAGGAUUUUGAUGACAAUGACAUUAUUGUUGACGUAGAUGUUGAUUCCUAGUGACAUAAGUUUGGAUGUACUUUAAAGUCAAUCCCUUUGAUUUCUUGCCUGAAGGUUUCACAUGUCUUUGAUUGAUCUGGAUAUUCCAGUAGUUUGAGUAUUUGUGAACAGUUGGUUUUUGGUUUUGUUUUGUCCCGAUCUGAUGCUGAACUUGCGUUUCUUUUAUACGAUAAAGUGUCCUGCUCACACCCUAUUAUGUUUUUAUGCGUUUUAAGCUUAGCAGUGGUCUUGAAAUAAACUGCUUUAUACCUCCCACCUGA